AUGAGUGCAUCCGUGGUCCUCGCACCAGGCCGCCCAGCGCCAGACUUAAUCUCUCGCAAAGCCAUUUUCCUCGCGGGAACAACCAGUCCUACAGGCGAACCUGACUGGAGACAGACGCUGACAAGGGCACUUUUGAAUCUCCCCAUUACGAUAUACAACCCCAAGCGAGAUGACUGGGACUCUACAUGGAGAGAAGACUUUUCAGACGACCGAUGGGCGGAGCAAGUGCAGUGGGAGCUUGAGAUGCAGGACAAGGCGGAUGUUGUUGUCGUCUUCUUCCACGGAGUCAGUCCUGCACCGAUCAGUCUGCUGGAGCUGGGCCUCUGUGUUCGGUCUGGGAGGGCGAUUGUGUGCUCUCUGGAGGGGUAUUCGAAGAGAGGGAACGUAGAGGCAGUUUGUCGGCGGUACGGGGCGAGGCUUGUGUACUCGGAGGAUGACUUGAGGGAUGCUGUCAUAGAGAGAUUGAACCAACUGCAGGUUGAUGUUUGA